AUGAUUCUCGAAUAUUUCUGCCAGGUGGCUCAAUGCCGGUUUAUGGGACAGAUCAUCCCUGAAACGUUGGAUCAGUACCCUCGCCACAUUGACAUGGGUACUUUGCAUCCCGACACCCCCAUUGCCCCAUUGCCAUAUGGCAAGAAGCUUGUUUGCGCCUUACAAGACACCACUCUCAUCUCCCUUCACAAUUCCCGAAACACCAAACACGAGCGAGACAACACGACAAACAGCGAGAACCUAGGUAACGGUUGA